GAGCCGUUGCGGAUACACUACCCCAACCUAACCACUACGGACAUAACCACAAUUUUGUGAAACAUUUAUUUAUUGAUACUUUAAAGUUGGAAACCUCGUGCUAGUUAUCAAAAAUGAGUACCAAUAUAUCUGAAACCGAGAAAAAGAUCUUUACAGCUAUUACAAAUAAUGACGUGGAGCUCCUUAAAACAUUACUCGUAGUGCAGGAAGAUGUUAACAUUGUGGAUGAAAAUAUGAUGACCCCACUGCAACAUGCAGCAUACAAAGGCAACAAAGAGAUGGUGCAGUUAUUUCUUGAUCGAGGCGCAGAUGUGAAUCUUUGUCAACACCAGCAUGGAUACACCGCCUUACAUUUUGCAGGAUUGUCGGGAAAUGCAGAAGUGUGCGCCUUACUUCUUUUAGCAGGUGCUAAAUCGCACGUAAUAAAUACUGUUGGAAGAACUCCUUCACAAAUGGCAGCCUUUGUUGGCAAUCACAACUGUGUAUCCACAAUUAACAAUUUUAUACCGAAAUCGGAAAUCGAACAUUAUACCACACUUCAGGGACAACAAACUAAACCCCAUCUUCCACCAUUCUUAACGGAAAGCUUUCAUAAAUUUGUCAUGCAAAUCAAUGUAAAUCCGAUACGGAUCGCUUUAAAUUUACAUCGAUUUGCUGGUCUUAUGGACCAUUUACAUGAAGUAUCCAAUGUGCUGGAAUUAAUGUGCGAGCACGAGAUGAAAAGGGGGACUGACACAAAUGAAGUUAUGGCUUUUAAAUAUCACCACUUAAGCUACACAGUUAAGGAAGUGUCGAAGAUACACAAAAAUCACGCCGCGAAAGAAGAAAGCGAAAAGAAGUUUGAUGUCGUCGAAGUAUUGAGUCGCAAUUUUCUGAAGCUUAGCAAGGACGGCAACUUAGAUUACAUGGAUGCAUUUUUGCGGGAUUGUGUACGUAGCUUUCCCUUUCGGGAAUGCACGUUAUUUAGACAAAUGGUAGCGAGUUUAACUGCCAAAGAUCCACCGUCGGCAAUUAGUGUCGUGGUAUCUGCAAUUAACGGCCAACGAGGAUUUGUUGACAACAUUCCACUGUGCAGUACAUGUGGCGAAGAAAAGCCGAGUAAAAAAUGUUCAAAAUGUAAAGUGGUGCAAUAUUGUGAUAGAGAAUGCCAAAGGUUACAUUGGUUCGUCCACAAAAAGGCUUGUGCACGGCUAAGUCAAGGGGAGAUGCAGACGGGCCCAAGUAAACCAGAUGCUAAAGAAAUCACUGCAGAUAUGCAAAAUUUAUUGGUGAAUUAAUUUCUAAAUUUACAUAAAUGGCUUUCCAUUUUCUGAGCUGUUGAUAGAUUGUCUAAUUUCACCAAGCUAGUAACAUGUACCAUAACAGUUGUAUGUUUAUUAUUGUCUUCGUUGUUCACAUAGAAUUUGGGAAAUCCAUAAACUAGCGCGUACAUUUGAGCAUUAACUGUAUGUUUAAGUGCAUUCGAACAUAAAUAUAGCAAAACGAAAUCCUU